AUGUUGUCAAAGGCUGGAGCUCGGAAGAAGAUAGGCGAGGGGACAAAUAGUUUGAAGUUGUUAAAUGAGAUUGAAGCUAUAAGCAAAGCUCUUUAUUUAGAGAAAAAUCCUGUAAAAAGCUCGAGUUCUAUUACCAAUAACCGGUCCAAAUCAGCUGGGAAAGCCCCUUUGCUUGAUGCCAAAGGGAAGUUAAAAUACAAUAAUAAGGAUCCAUCUAUCAAGGACAAGAAGUCCAUUUGGAACUGGAAGCCAUUAAAGGCCUUCUCUAGUGUUAAAAAUCGUAGGUUUAAUUGUUGUUUCUCUCUCCAAGUCCAUUCUAUUGAAGGUUUGCCUCAGAGUUUUAAUGAUGUUAGUCUUCUUGUGCACUGGAAGAGGCGGGAUGAGGGUUUGGAGACCCGUCCAGCUAAGGUUCUUGAUGGAAAGGUUGAGUUUGAAGAGAAAUUGACACACACUUGCUCAGUUUAUGGCAGUAGGAAUGGACCUCAUCAUUCGGCAAAGUAUGAGGCAAAGCAUUUUUUGCUCUAUGCUUCUGUGUUUGGAGCACCAGAACUAGAUCUGGGGAAGCAUCGGGUUGACCUCACAAGGUUGCUUCCUCUUACAUUGGAAGAAUUGGAGGAUGAGAAGAGCUCUGGGAAGUGGACUACUAGUUUCAAGUUAUCGGGGAAGGCUAAAGGUGCUACAAUGAAUGUUAGUUUUGGGUAUAUGGUUAUUGGGGAUAAUGCAAUUCCUAAUGGAAGUAAUAAGAGUGUCCAUGAGCUGGCGAAUGUGAAGCGGAAUAACUUGGGUAUGAUAAAGCCGAUUACUAAAUUUGGUGUACAUGAUGUCAAGAGCACAAUGCAGCAGAGUGGAAGCAUUCCUGGUAGAGUUACUCAGCUAUCUCGUUCCUCAACUCAAUCCACGGAGGACAUCAAAGAUCUGCAUGAAGUUUUGCCAACAUCAAGGUCAGAGCUUGCCAGUUCAGUCCAGAUGCUGUAUAAAAAAUUCGAUGAAGAAAAGUUGGAUUCAUCAAUUGAUCAUAGACCUGAACUUGAUUCGGCUGCUGGUCAUCUUGAGCCUAUCAAACCGCACUCAUAUGUAAUGUCUGUCUCUGGAAAAGAAAAUGUUGAUAAUCAAUGUGAAGACAACGAGUUCUCUGUAAUUGAGCAAGGGAUAGAAUUUUUGUCAGAGGAACAUGUAAAAUCUCCGGAACUUACUGUGAAAACUGCUUUUAAUUCUACCUUAAAAGGUCCUGAAGUUGGUGAAGUUGACACUUCUGCACCAGCUUUUAAAGAGGGAAAGCUUUCCCAGGAUGGGAACAACGUCAGUGACAUGGAUGACGUUGUGGGUUCUUAUUGCAGUUGCAAAGAGGAUGAUGUAUACUCCAAAGAAUCAUUGAUGAAAGACUUGGAGUCAGCUUUGAUCAGUGUGUCUAAUGUGGUGUUAGAAGCUGCAGAUUCUCCUGAACGGCCAGAGAAUCACAUGGAAAUUAAUAAUGAUCAUAAUGUGAUUGGGUUGGGGAGGUCACGUAGCUUGGAUGAUGUUACUGCAUCUGUGGCAACUGAGUUCUUUGACAAGCUGGGGAUUGAGUACAGUCCAUUUGGCUUGAGUUCUGAGAGUGAGCCAGAUUCUCCAAGAGAGCGCUUGCUAAGGCAAUUUGAGAAGGAUGCCCUAGCUGGUGGUUAUUCUUUAUUUGAUUUUGGUAUAGGUGAUGAGGACCAAGCAGAAUUUGUCUAUGAUGCUCCAACUGUAUCUGAGAGUGGGAUUUUGUCUGAGGAUUUUGAACCUCUGUCUGUAGUUCAAGCUGCUGAGGAGGAGCAUUGGAUGUCAACUCAGGAUUUAAAUAGCAAAAGGAAGGCCGCGAUGUUGGAAGAUUUGGAGACAGAAGCCUUAAUGCGUGAGUGGGGGCUGAAUGAAAAGGCUUUUCAAAGUUCUCCAAAUGAAAGCUCUAGUGGGUUUGGGAGUCCUAUUGAUUUGCCUUCGGAAGAGCCAUUCCAAUUGCCUCCGCUUGGAGAAGGAAUGGGUCCAUUUCUUCAGACAAAGAAUGGAGGAUUUUUGAGGUCUAUGAAUCCUUCACUGUUCAGCAAUGCUAAAAGUGGCGGGAGCUUGAUCAUGCAGGUCUCUAGUCCUGUUGUGGUACCUGCGGAUAUGGGAUCUGGUGUAAUGGAGAUACUGCAGCGACUGGCAUCUGUUGGAAUUGAAAAGCUCUCAAUGCAGGCGAAUAAAUUAAUGCCUUUGGAAGAUAUAACUGGGAAGACAAUGCAGCAAGUGGCAUGGGAAGCUGCACCAACUCUAGAGGGACUUGAGAGCCAGUACAUAUUGCAUCACGAAUCAGAGGUUCGGCAAGACUUUUCAGAUGUGCAGAAGAGAGUGGAUGGAAGAUCAUCCGGAUCCAGGCCUAGUAAGCUUAGUUCAACUUCAGCAGGCAAUGAAAUUUGUUCGGAAUAUGUAUCCUUAGAAGAUCUUGCUCCUUUGGCUAUGGAUAAGAUUGAAGCACUUUCAAUGGAGGGGUUGAGAAUACAAUCUGGCAUGUCAGAUGAAGAUGCACCUUCAAACAUCAAUGCACGAUCUAUUGGGGAAAUUUCGGCCCUCCAGGGCAAGGGGGUCCACAUGACUGGGUCACUUGGUUUGGAAGGAACUGGUGGAUUGCAAUUGUUGGAUAUAAAAGACAAUUGUGAAGAAGUAGAUGGAUUAAUGGGUCUUUCACUAACUCUUGAUGAAUGGAUGAGGUUGGAUUCUGGUGAAAUUUAUGAUGAAGACCAAAUCAGUGAGCGGACUUCAAAAAUACUUGCUGCCCAUCAUGCUACUUCCCUGGACUUGAUUCGUGGAGGGUCAAAGGGGGAGAGAAGGCGGGGGAAAGGAUCUGGGAGGAAGUAUGGUUUGUUGGGAAAUAACUUCACAGUAGCACUGAUGGUGCAACUUCGUGAUCCUCUGAGAAAUUAUGAACCAGUUGGUGCACCAAUGCUUUCUCUUAUUCAGGUGGAAAGAGUUUUUGUACCACCAAAGCCAAAGAUAUAUUGCAAGGUCCCGGAGGUGAGGAAUAACAGUGAAGAGGAUGAUGAGUCUGAGUCAACGGGGAAGGAAGCAAAGAAGGAGACAAAAGAAGAAAAAGCUGCUGAAGAGGAAGGCAUUCCGCAGUUUCGAAUCACUGAAGUCCAUGUUGCAGGUCUGAAGACAGAGCCUGAAAAGAAGAAGCUUUGGGGCACGAAAACCCAACAACAAUCAGGGUCUCGCUGGUUGCUUGCCAAUGGAAUGGGAAAGAACAAUAAGCAUCCAUUUAUGAAGUCAAAGACUGUUUCAAAAUCUUCAGCCCCUCCGACAGCCAAGGUGCAGCCUGGUGAUACUUUGUGGAGCAUUUCAUCUCGUAUUCAUGGUACUGGGGCUAAAUGGAAGGAAUUGGCAGCACUCAAUCCACAUAUACGGAAUCCCAAUGUUAUUUUUCCAAAUGAAACUAUAAGGUUGCAGUGACGUGCACAUGCAUAUGAGUGUCAGCUGGAACCUGCAUGAAACAGGUUUAGCCAUUUUCAUGAAGAUGGUUCCAUGCCGAUAGUGAAGUUGUUGAACUGAGUGAUUAUAUUUUAAACGGUGAGGUCUUAUAGUCUUACCAUGAAAUGGGAGUUGUUAAAGCAAUGCACUCAUUAGACAAGAUGAGUUCAGCUUGUGGUGUUUUUCUUGUAUUUACUCGAGGAAAAUGAUCAAGCAAUAAUUUGUCCAUGCAAUACAAGGUAAAAUACGAAUAGUUUCUGUGUAUCUUCAUUUCUGUUUUGUACAUUUAUAUGUUUUGUAAUUAUGCCCACCACCUUUGUAACUUAUGCUUUGUUAAGAAUCAUUUACUGUUUGCCUGCAAGAAGUCUGGAGUUGCAGAAAAUUUCAAAUUCCAUAGCCCUUGCCCUUUUUCUUGUCCUUUUUGUUGCAAACGAAGGGAAUUUUGUUUA